AUGUGGCCUCCGGCAGAGAGCACAUGUGGGGACCUCUCCCCGGGCUCCUGCGGGUAUCAGCCCAGAUCCAAACCCACAGGGACUGACCUGCUACAUGAGCAUCUUGGUGAAAUCCAGAACCUGCGCCAGCGCCUGGAGGAGUCCAUCUGCAUUAACGACUGCCUGGGGGAGCGGCUGGAACACAGGCUCAGCUCCGCUGCCCACGGAAGCGAGCACUCCCAGGAAACAGAAUGUCUGAGGGAGGCUCUGCUGACCUCUCGGUCCCAACUUCAAGAGCUGGAAAUGGAGCUAGAGCACCAAAAGGUGGAACGACAGCAGCUUUUGGAAGACUUGAAGGAGAAGCAACAGGAGAUCUUGCAUUUCCAGGAGGAACGGCUAUCUCUCCAGGAGAAAGACUCCAGGCUGCAGCAUAAGCUGGCCCUCUUGCAGCAACAGUGUGAAGAGAAACAGCAGCUCUUCCAGUCCCUCCAGUCAGAGCUGCAGAUCCACGAGGCACUUAAUGGCAAUUCCAAGAAGGGGCUGAAAGCUUACACCUGGGAUGCCUGUCACCAAGUCCCUUUGGGCAGUGACUUGAGCUGCCUGGUGGCAGAGAUCCGAGCUUUGAGAGGGCAGCUGGAGCAGAGCAUUCAGAAAUUCCCCAACAACACUGACCCUGGAAACAAGCAGCUGCUCUUCCAAAGUUGUGGUUAUUUGUACUCCCUAGAUUCAGUUGCCUCCCCUCCAGUUCGGGAUGUGGGCAUGAAUUCUCCAGUUCUGGUCCUCCCCAGCUCCUCUUCUGCUGCUUCUGGCUCAGAGACCACAACCUUCAACAGGAAAAAUGAGCUGGGUUUGGAUGCUUCUCCAGUAAUGAAGAACCCUCCCAAGCUGGAGGGUGAUGCUACUGAUGGCUCCUUUGCCAAUAAGCAUGGCCGCCAUGUCAUUGGCCACGUUGAUGACUAUAGUGCCCUAAGACAGCAGAUUGAAGAGGGCAGACUGCUGGUCAAGAAGGUAGCAUCCCUCGUGAGAUCAACCUGCAACUUCCUUGGCCUUGAAGCUCUAGGCACAGAGGUGAUGGGCAGUGAAGCCAUCCAUGAGCUCAGGAGCAGCGCCAACGCCCUGCACCACCGGCUGGAGGAGUCUGCCUCCCUCCUCACCAUGUUCUGGCGAGCAGCCUUGCCAAGCUCCCAUGGCCCUGCGCUGGGUGGCAAAGUGGGAGAGUCCAUGAAAAGGGAGCUUCUGGAACUGAGAACCAAACUAUCCAGACAGGAGAGUCUCCUUCAGAGCACAGCUGAGCAUCUGAAGACCGCCAACCAGCAGAAGGAGAGCUUGGAGCAGUUCAUCUUCAGCCAGUGUGAAAUCCCUAAGGGCUCUGCCACGCACUCCAGUCCUGUGACCCUUGCCUUCCAGGAGCCAGGCAAGAAGCGAAGCCACUGGAGGUCCUUCAAACAGCAGGAAGGGGGGGCCUGCCCCCCUUCUUCACAGCUCCCUGUCUGCUGAGGAGGAUCUGGGCCCCCCUCCUCCACACCUGCUGGAGGGUCUGGAAGGAGUCACAGAUGUGGCCUGCUGGGGCAGGGUGAAAGGCAGAGGGGCUUUCCUGCGGUUGAGGAAUAACCAGCCAAGGACCACUGGGCCCAGCACUAAGCAAAACAGGCACAGUUUGUAAGGACCUUGUGACACUGCUUUGAACACCCAAGGGGCAUGGGAACCAGGAACAGUACAUUUCUCACCCCUCAUCACCUAUCCCCAGAAGGUCAACUCAGGGGAAAUGGGACCUGCUCCCCAGCAGUGGAGCAUGUGGUCCCAACACUGGAGCGCCACGGCAGAUCUAAAAGCACAGGACUGAGCAGCAGUGCCCUGCAGGACAGUGUUGGCAGGGCCCUGAUGACCUGACCUGGGUCAGUACA